AUUUGGUUAAAGGUGAAAUGGCGUCUCCGAAUUUAUUUAAAAUGACUGAGAGUGAGUAUAGUUCAUUCGUCACUCAGAGAUAUCUAAGUGAGCUAAUUGGAGUCAUUCUUGGUGACUUUAAGAUGCUACUAUCUAUUUUGAUAUUGCUAUCUCUUUCAGGGUUUUUAUGUUAUCAAGCUUGGAAAAUGAAUAUUGAUGACUUUACUUACGAUGAACUACCUGAGAGUGCAAUGGUUGAAGAGGAUAGUAACAAGGAUAAUAUUGAAAUGAAGGAUAUUUAAGAUAAAAGAGUUCAAUCUAGGCAAUCAAAAAGG